CAUCAAAAAUAUGGCAUCUUGAUAAACAAUCCAUAUUUUGCAUUUGACUUAUAACUAUAAUUAUAUUAUUAUACAUUAUAUUACAUCCUUUUGAUGUCCUUUUGGGUUCAUGUCUAAUUUAUAAUAUUAUUUUUAAAAAAUGUAUAAUUUUCGUUAUUGCACGAGUAUUUUACAAAAUCUGUCAAGGCUGAGUAUUUUUACAAAAAGAACUAUGCUUAAACAUUCCAUUAACCAUAUAAUGAACAAGAAAGUAAUUGAUAGGUAUAACCGACUUUGUUUACCGGAUGAUAAAAUUAUGGCCACAUACUGCUGGAUCGACGGAUCUGGAAUAAAUAUGAGGUGCAAGGAUCGCAUACUUAGGAAGGCCCCUACUGACGUUAAAAGUUGUCCGAAAUGGGCUUUUGAUGGCAGUUCAACGGGACAAGCUGAGACAGGUGACUCGGAUACAGUAUUAUCACCUGUUGCCCUUUACAAGGACCCCUUCCGCAUGGAGCCACAUAUUCUAGUUUUGUGUGAAGUAUUUCAAGGCAGCGAUGGAAAACCCGCAAAAACUAAUUUCAGGACAUUUUGCAACGACUUAUGUGAAACUCAUAAGGAUGAAGAUCCAUGGUUUGGCUUAGAACAAGAGUAUACAAUGAUGGAUGUUGAUGGUUGGAACCUAGGUUGGCCGAAGGGUGGCGGAUUUCCCGCUGUGAAAUAUGAAUUCUCAUACUGUGGUAUUGGAGCAAAAUAUGUAGCAGGCAGAGAUAUUGUUGAAGCCCAUGCACGGGCAUGUCUGUAUGCUGGUCUGGACUUUGAAGGAACAAAUGCAGAGGUAAUGCAUGGAGGUUGGGAAUGGCAAAUCGGCACAUCAGUUGGCAUAAAAGCACCAGACGAUCUUUGGAUGUCACGAUUUAUUAUGAAUAGAGUUGCUGAAGAUUAUGGAGUUAUGAUUACUUAUCAUCCAAAACCAGCAGGUCACCUUCACCCAGGAAUGGGUAUGCAUCACAACUUCAGUUGCAAAAAGACGCGGUCCGAUGGUGGAUUUGAUUUUAUAAAAGAGUGUAUAAAAAAAUUAGAAAAAAAUCACAUGAAACAUAUGAAAAAUUAUGGAAACGAUGAAAAUGCAAAUAGGAUGCGGCUCUCAGGAAAAUUUGAAACGGCACCAUUUGAGGAAUUUUCAUGGGGGGUUGCUAGCAGAAAAGCUUCAAUCCGACUACAGCGCAACGUAGAGAAGAAUGGUAAGGGUUUUUUCGAAGAUCGCCGACCCGCUGCAGAUUGUGAUCCCUACUUGGUAUGUGGCCUUUUGAUGGAGACUUGCCUGGGCCCGGCCAAAAAGGGGGGUGAUUCAGCAUGUGCCCCCCCUCCUAAAUGUGAUAAAAUUAAAAAGUGCUAGGCUGGUAGUACAUAAAUACUCUACAUAGCAUUUGGUACUUAAUAAUUUAUGAGAUGUAUUUUGAUUGAAUUAAAUAUUUAUGAUAUUUAUAUAAAAAUAAAGAAGGGUAUAAUGUACUUUACAUUAUUGUUGUGACGUUA